AUGAAUAAUCCCAAGCUUGGCUCAAAACAACUUUUCUUGAAGACCUCGAAUCAACUGAAUCGGGCGAUUUUAAUCGAUGCUCUGCCCCAAAACCACACAAAAAACAGUUCCAACCGGUAUAUAUAUAUUGUUUUUAAAAUUUUCACAUGUCCUAAUUAUCUUUUUUUCAGUCAAAAUACAUAUGAACCAGUCGCUUCUAAGAAAUCUGAAGCUUUCUCGGCACUUGCGAGUAGUUGUGUUGGAAAGAAAACAAAUCCACCGUGUGAAAUUGGCCCAUAUGUUCCGGUUUAUGGAAGAGUUGUAGUUGAAAUAGAUGACAAGAUCAAGCUCAGGAGAUUGAUGAAUCAUAUUCCUGACCACUACAGUAUCCCCAUCUUGCGUAUUGUUCAAUUUGGUGAAUACAACGCUGGAAAGAAGCCAAGAAGCCUCAUGUCUUAUCGCAAAAGGAUGACGGACUGUGACUAUUUUUCUGAUGCUUUGGCGAUUGAGCUUCUGGAUUUUUUUGAAAUGAUUCAUAACGAUGUAGAGAGGGCAAACUACGUGAGCCGAAUCCUCGACACCAAGGCUGAAUAUUAUGGAUUCAAAUCUUAUGAUGAUCGUGUAUCUGAUAUCAGAUUCAAUAAGACGAGACCAGCUCCAUUGAACACACUGCAUGUAGACAUUUCAUCUCAUCCAAAUAGUACCACUGAACGUUUUAGUAAUGGAUCUGGAAACUCAUCAUGAAAUAGCGCAGUCCUUACAUUUUCAACAAAUGUGCAAUCUCACGCUGGACUCGUGCGUAAUGAUAUCGAUUCAAAUUCUUAUGCAGGAGCUAGAAGUAUUGAAGAUUCUGAUUUUUCAAAAGUUGAUCGGAAAAUGGAAACGAUAUCAACGGAAACACAAAAUGGGUUCCGAGGAAACUCGGCACUUCAAGGGUUCUUCUUCUUUGUCGAAUAUGAACGCACAAAGCUCAUUGAUGGUUUGUUGGAAAAGAAGCACAGAUGAUCGUGUCAAUGCACAACGUUUUGCCACUUCCCAUUUGGAGCAUAACUCGUGUUUGGAAUCUCUUCCACCGCAUGUUUUGUAUCCAGACCCACGUGGAUUUGACAAGGCGGCAGCAGUAUGCAGAAAAAUUCAUUUCAGUACUUUUUGGCGCGUUUUGACCCGACUUUCCAGAAUUUUUAUAGAAAAUUGA